AUUCUCAAACCACAAACCUUUUUCCUUUCCUCCAUUAUUUCAGCAACAACAACCAUCUCUCUUGCUCUCUCUUCCUCUCUUCAAACCGAAAGAGAAGGGAAAAAAUAUUAAGGCGAGUUCGAGAAUAGCAGAAAGUCAUGGUGAAGGAACAACUAGAAGUGCUAAAAGCACUUGAUGUAGCAAAAACACAAUUGUACCAUUUUACGGCCAUUCUGAUUGCUGGUAUGGGAUUCUUUACAGAUGCAUAUGAUCUUUUUUGCAUCUCUCUUGUCACCAAAUUGCUCGGCAGAAUUUACUACACUGUCGAAGGAGCAUCAAAACCCGGGAGUUUGCCACCAAAUGUUGCUGCGGCUGUUAAUGGUGUGGCUCUAGUCGGCACACUUGCUGGUCAGCUCUUCUUUGGUUGGCUAGGUGAUCGAAUGGGUAGAAAACGUGUCUAUGGUCUUACCCUACUUAUUAUGGUUCUCUGUUCAGUAGCUUCUGGUCUGUCCUUAGGCAACCAGCCAAAAGCAGUCAUGGCUACACUAUGUUUCUUCCGUUUCUGGCUUGGAUUCGGAAUCGGUGGUGACUACCCACUUUCUGCAACUAUCAUGUCUGAGUACGCCAACAAGAAAACCCGCGGUGCUUUUAUUGCUGCUGUCUUUGCCAUGCAAGGAACGGGUAUUCUAGCCGGUGGAAUUUUUUCCCUCGUAGUUGCUGCAAUAUUUGAGAAAAUAUUCCCUGCUCCGGCUUAUGCAGUUGAUGCGAAGGCAUCCCUUCCACCAGAGGCCGACUACAUCUGGCGUAUAAUUGUUAUUUUCGGUGCGGUUCCGGCAGUUUUGACUUACUAUUGGCGUAUGAAAAUGCCUGAAACUGCUCGUUACACUGCUCUUGUAGAGAAAAACGCAGCAAGGGCAGCUGCCGAUAUGUCAAAGGUUUUAAAUCAGGAGCUUAAAGCUGAAACGGACAUGGUAGAGAGAUUAACGAUGGAGCCUAGCAAUUCAUUUGGUUUAUUUUCAAAGGAAUUUCUUAAACGACACGGACUUCACUUACUUGGAACCACAAGUACUUGGUUCUUGCUAGACAUAGCUUUUUACAGUCAGAACUUGUUCCAAAAAGAUAUUUUUACGGCAAUUGGUUGGAUUCCACCAGCACAAACGAUGAGUGCUAGUGGAGAAGUUUUCAAGAUCGCCAGGGCACAAACAUUAAUUGCUCUGUGCAGUACCGUUCCUGGGUACUGGUUUACAGUAGCAUUCAUCGACAUUAUCGGGAGGUGGGCAAUUCAAAUGAUGGGUUUCUUCUUCAUGACGGUCUUCAUGUUUGCUAUCGCAUUUCCUUACAAUUACUGGAGCCAAAAAGAGAACAGAAUCGGUUUUGUUAUUAUGUACGCAUUAACUUUCUUCUUUGCAAACUUUGGACCCAACAGUACAACCUUCAUUGUCCCGGCUGAGAUAUUCCCAGCUAGGUUGCGCUCGACAUGUCAUGGUAUAUCAGCAGCUUCAGGGAAAGCUGGAGCCAUCAUUGGUGCAUUUGGGUUUUUAUAUGCUGCACAGAAUCAAGACAGAACUAAGACUGACCAUGGGUAUCCUCCUGGUAUCGGAGUUAAGAACUCCUUGAUCAUGCUUGGAGUUAUCAACUUUGUAGGUAUGUUGUUUACAUUCUUGGUACCGGAACCAAAAGGAAGAUCUUUGGAGGAGAUAUCAGGUGAGAACGACGGAGACGUGGAUGAGAUUCCAAAGCCCCAACAAGGAAAUAACAGGACAGUGCCUGUUUGAUUUUCUUGGUUUGUUUAAUAUAUUUGAUUUUCAAAAUACGAGUUUUAUUGGUGACGUAAACCAAGAGAAUAGUGAGUUAGGCAAUGAAGUCUAUGUUGUGAGAUUACUUAUGCCAUUUGUUUUGUUUUUUUGAGGAUUGAUCUGAAUUUGGUGUGCAGAAAAAACUAAUUGUGUUUCGUAACUUCGUGUUAUGAAUCUUUUUAUGUAAUAAAACUUGUUGAAACGUUAUUCAAAUGAACAAUGAUGAGCUUAACGAUUUCACUC